UAAAUAGAGUGGGACAGACAGGCAAGCAUCGAUUAAACUCCAACUUCCGGAGCCUGCAGAGAAGAAUAGAUCUUUUUGUUACACAGAUCCCUCUCCCUCUCCCUCUCCCUCUGGUGUUUCUCAUCAGUAAGUAAAUAAGUAAUGGCCGAUGAACCUGCUCUCACUCGCUGGUCUUUUCAGGAUUUUAAAAGAUUUUAUGACGAUAAGUUUGGGAGAAAGAAGGUGGCUGCAGCAACAGCACAAACAUCAUCGGAGUCGCAGCAAAACGGUCAAACAGCAGCAGUAGCAUCAAAUGGGAAUGGUCAUGUCAAGAACCCAUCUGAUAUGGCCGUUUAUGAGCAGUAUAAAAACCAAGAUGGGAGCUCAACAUUACACUCCAACGGAGUUUUGCCUAAUGGAAUUAAUGAAAUACCUCAGAAGCCUUUGAUUCCUGCUUUUGAUUCUUCUGAAACACGCAUUUUAGCAGAGAGUUUAUGCAGGGAUAUCAUUCGCGGCAGUCCAAAUGUGAAGUGGGAAAGCAUUAAGGGGUUAGAGAAUGCAAAACGUUUACUGAAAGAAGCUGUAGUCAUGCCGAUAAAUUAUCCCAAAUACUUCACCGGUCUUCUGUUGCCAUGGAAAGGCAUUCUUCUUUUUGGCUCUCCAGGGACAGGGAAGACAAUGCUCGCAAAUGCUGUUGCUUCAGAGUGCAAAACCACAUUUUUCAAUAUCUCAGCAUCUUCAGUGGUUAGCAAAUGGCGGGGUAUGUUUGGGAACUUUUCUAAGAUCAUUUUUAGAAUAUAAAACAUAUCAAGUACU